UUAGGAGCCGUGACGCCCCCUUCCCGGCCCUCCAGCCCUGCACACCUCCCCGCUGCUCCCGCUCCGCCGCUGGCCCAGGGGCGCUUGGAUUUCCUUCGCCGCCGUGAGUGCCUAACCCUUCCUGCGAGUAUUCCUUCCAUCCACCACAGGCUGAACAAAGCUCAGUCUCAUUUGUGCUUCCAGCUUGUCAGCCUCUUGCCUUCCAAAUGCGCACCAUUUCCACUUGAUGUCAUCACGCAGAAGGGGGUGAAAGGGACUCGGUGACAGAUUCAGGUAACCCCCACCAAUCUGGGUAGCUGCCUGGGUGUCCCUGGGUCAUUUGGGCCGGCAGUGCUGGCUCAGUGCUGUUUGGGUGGUUUCUGCAUCAACAUCAUUCCUAUCAGAGCGAGGAUGUGGGAGCUGCUAGAACUACUGGUUGGGAGAAUGGGAUCGCGAAUGACUUUAUUCCUUCCUUUUUGAAGAAGUCACUGGGGGCAAGGGGAAUGGUUCCAGGCCUGCUUACAAAUACCAAAACCUGCAAAUACUCAAGUCCCCAGUGGGCCCUGCCAGAUCUGAGUAUAUGAAGAGUCGGCCCUCUUUAUACGUGGCUUCACAUCUCACAAAUAUGACAUGAACGCACCUGCAAAUGCUAGACGCCCGUGAGCUGGCAGCACAGGGAAGGCGCUGAGUGGUGGCCUCUGAGACCAGCUCAUUCACCUUGGCCUUGCCCUCCAGCUCACCGUCAGCCAUGGAGACGCUCUCCCAGGACUCCUUGCUGGAGUGUCAGAUCUGUUUCAAUUACUACAGCCCCCGGCGAAGGCCCAAGCUGCUAGAUUGCAAACACACCUGCUGCUCUGUGUGCCUCCAGCAGAUGAGGACGAGCCAGAAGGACGUGAGGUGCCCCUGGUGCCGAGGGAUCACCAAGCUGCCCCCGGGCUUCUCCGUGUCACAGCUCCCCGACGACCCCGAGGUCCUGGCGGUCAUCGCCAUCCCGCACACUUCGGAGCACACUCCGGUCUUCAUCAAACUUCCCAGCAACGGGUGCUACAUGCUGCCCUUGCCUAUCUCCAAGGAGCGCGCGCUGCUGCCGGGCGACAUGGGCUGCCGCCUGCUGCCCGGGAGCCAGCAGAAGUCUGUCACCGUGGUGACCAUCCCUGCGGAACAGCAGCCUCUGCAGGGCGGGGCGGCCCCCGAGGCGGCCGAGGAGGAGCAGGACCGGCGGGGCGUGGUGAAGAGCUCCACCUGGUCCGGGGUGUGCACGGUCAUCCUGGUGGCCUGCGUCCUGGUCUUCCUCCUGGGCAUUGUGCUCCACAACAUGUCCUGCAUUUCUAAGCGCUUCACUGUGAUCUCCUGUGGCUGAAGGGGUUGCAGGGCAGUCUCUGUGGGUGUCAACUUAGGGGUUGAGCAGGUGAUGGUGACGGGGAGAAGAUGGGAGGUGACACUGACCAUUGGGUGCCGAGUGGUGGCCUCUGGGAUGCCCCUUGAUUCACCCCAAGAUGGACGCGAAGGGCAGAAGGUGAGGUCUCAACAAGACGCCAAGCAACUUGUUCUGAGUUUUCACGGCAACCGCUUCGAAGAUGAUUGCAUGCCUUCUCAUAAUCAUGUAUUAAAUGGACUGUAAUUUAUGAUUUUCAGAAUCAUGUUACGAGAUAGACGUACUCUACUUAGACGUUAAACUGUACAAGUGUGCACAAUGUUGAUCUUCUUUAAAUGCGGUAGAUUAGAACAAAGUUGCUGUGUAAACAAGUAGAUUCAAACCUGCGAAUCCGUGUAAAAAUUCAGUGAAGACAUGCAGUCCUGGCUUCUUCACUUUUUUUUUUUUUUUUAAAUGAAACCCAGUCUUCAUUUAGUUGCUGAGGCUUUUUAUACAUUUUGAAUGGCACCCAAAUCAGAAUAAGUUAAGUGGACAACCGUUUUUUAGAGAAAAUAUUUGAACAAAUGUCUCCAAUGUGUUGUGUUUUGUCACGCACCUUCCUCUCUCCUCACUUGUAAUUAGAGCUUGCUACGUGCUCAUUAAACUGAAAGCCCAACAGGGGAGCAAUAAACCUAGAAAUAAUGAGAAAUGCCUGAUCCCACAGGAAACCUGUAUGUAUGCCAAUUUUUCUCAAGCCAUCUCACAGAACGAGAAUUUCAAAUGUAAAUAUUGUGUAUUUGUGUGUGUGCGUGUGUGUGUCUAAUUUGAUUUACCUCAGGUUAUUGAGUCUUGAGAAGAAUCCCAGGAGGAAACCUUCGUGGGCAUGACUGAAACAGUGUCUGACCUGGUGACCACUGUGUGGACACCUGGACCCUCCCCGUGGGGCAUCUGCCACACGUCCCCUUCCGUCCUUGCUCUUCUUCCGUGGACGAAAUCUUGUGUUUUGAAAGACAUACAUGGCGGGUAACAGAAGAAUCUAUCUUUUCUCCCAGGUUGAGCGUAUUUUAAUGGCCAGGAGGGUCCUAAACUGCUGGCAAACCCACAUGGGCAUUUUAAUAGCUCAUCUGUGAUGAUUUCUUAAAAGAUGUUGUUUCAUGUGAGUUAAACCAGCUAGAAUUCUAGUUUUCUCUUGUUGGCUUAAGUGGGGGAAAUCUCUUGUAUUUAAAGAUAUGCUUUUAUUGAGAAAAGUGGUAAGUUAAAUGAACAACUCACAUUCCCAAUGUAUGUGGACCAAUUCCUCAUAAACUGUCAAAUAUUCUUAAAUGUGCAAUGGUCUAGAGCUGGUUAUGAAGAAAGAUCUGCUAGCAUUAAGGGAUGAAUCCCUAUCUCUGGGACCGUGUGCAUUCAGAAAGAGCUUGAGCUUGACAGUUCUCAUCUCAUUUCUUUUGUGGGAUUCAUGAAGCAAGUGGUGUGUGACAAGGACUUCACUCAUAAAUAUAACUGUUUUUAUGUUCCACUGAAUCUCUGAAAAUAGCGGGGAGGGGGAGGGAAAGGGAAGGCAAGAGAACUAGUGACUGGUUCCAAAAAGCAAGGCUAGAUAAUAGGCUUGUGAGGCCAGACACUUUAUUUAUUUUAUAUGCUGACUGUUAUCUUCAAGCAGCACAAAAUAGGCAUAUUAAAGUGAUGGAAUUAAUGUGAAAUAAAACAAAAAUGCGAUGGCUAGACUACAAACCUAACACUGUUAAUUGGCAUGAAAACUCAAUAUAAAAUUAGGAGCUCUGUUUUUCAGAAUUUUCAAAUUUGUCAAGUAAGACCUUUAGGAAAUGUCCUUGAAAGCUCAAACUAGAAAUUAGGUUAAAAUGCCAUUUUAUUGUGCAAGCUAUUGGGCAUUAUACAACAGUAAUCUAGGACUUAUUUGGUAUUAAUAAUUUAGGUAUCAUAUUAGCUGAAUACUAUCCUCUAUUAUGUAACAUAAUAUACUGUUGGGUUAGUGUCAAUUUCUCAAACUCUCCCAGGCUGCUGUAAUGCAUGUCUGACCUAAUUUCUAUUUCUCUUGGAGGGAAAAAAAAAAAAAAUACACUACAGAAAUGUUGUAUUAAAAUGACUACCUUUCAAAUGGACUUUACCCUUGCAAUUUUUAGCUAUGCCAUAUUCGAACUAAUUUUGUGAGUGCUAUCUGCAUAUAUUUGUGUACAGUAUGAAAUGACCGACCCUGUAGAUGUGAUCUUUGUGAUAGAGUUCUACUUGUGCAAGUAGGUUAUAUAUAGACACUAAUGUGUGUGAUGAUACAGUGUCCUGUGUUUCUUAGUGCAAAACCGUAGAGUAAAAUGUCCACAGAACUUCUACCUACAAGGCAGGCCUGUGCUAAAGCUGCGAUUAAGCAGUGCAAAAUUAAUCUGCAGUGCAGUAGAUUCUUGACCUUACAAUUUAUCUUAACAAUUAACGACCAAAAUCGGAAUUUUUUUGUGUGUCUUCCUGACAUAAGAAACGUUGUUUAAAUGGAUUCUGCCUGCAGUUAUUUGUGUACUUGCUUCUUAGGAUGUGCAUUCGUGUGUGUGUGUGUGAUGAGAGAGAGAAACAAGAGAGGUCUCAGCCAGCUAGGUGGAACUUUUAUAGGCCUAAUGAUGUUUUAAUGUAACUUGGCAUCCCAUUGCUCUGGCCUCUCUGGCAUUUACCAAUGACACUAACAAACCAUCUGCCCCAUGUGACCGAAAUCCAGUGACACAAUCAACCAGAAUUCAUAUUUGCACAUCAUUGAAAAGUCACAACUAGAAAGCACAGAACAUUAGAGCUACAAGUAACCUCUGGUGGCUUCAUUUUAUAGAAGAGCCCGCUGAGGCCUGCAGAGGUAUGUGGCAGCCUGUCACUCCACAGCCAAAGGGGACCAGAACUUUGCCUUGCAGAGUCCUCUCGUUCCUCCCUAGGUCUGUUGACAUCUCCAUGUGGCUCUGAUCCUUUUCAGGGUUGAUGAAUACCCUUGUGAACUAUUGCUUUAAGCAUUUUUUGCAGGUUUAUAUAUUCAUUUUAGUUAGCAUCUACCUCUCUGGGAAAGGAAGGGAGGGUUGACUUAGGGGUGGUUAUAGACAUUGAAAGAAAACUAUCACUGUGUGGUCUGAAUUUAAAAAAUUGCCAAACAUUGGUGUCCACACCCUCCCACCCUUAUGUGUAAAGGACAAUGAGUGUUGUGUAAAUAGUAAUCUAAUAAGAAGCAUGAAUUUUUAUCUUUAUAAAUGAUCUUGGCAUCAGCCAGAGAAUGCUUACUGUGUUAUGUAGAGCCAAGUUUGCUACCGAAAAGCAUUGUCUUUGGAAAAUUUUUGUGUAAUGACCUGGGGCAUAAGCCAUUGUGAUGAAAAGGCAGAUUGGUUUCAGUUCUAGUGAUACUUAGUGAUCAAAAAGCUCUAAGGUGUUUUCUUUAAAAAUAUAAUUAAGUUUCGGGCGGCACCUGUGGCUCAGUCGGUAAGGCGCCGGCCCCAUAUACUGAGGGUGGCGGUGUCAAACCCAGCCCCGGCCAAACUGCAACCAAAAAAUAGCUGGGCAUUGUGGUGGGCGCCUGUGGUCCCAGCUACUCGGGAGGCUGAGGCAAGAGAAUCGCUUAAGCCCAGGAGUUGGAGGUUGCUGUGAGCUGUGUGAUGCCACGGCACUCUACCAAGGGCCAUAAAGUGAGACUCUGUCUCUAUAAAAAAAAUAUAUAUAUAUAAUUAAGUUUCAUUUUGUGCAUGACUUACAGAGUGGGUCCCUUGAAAGUCAUACCACAUGCUGGUGUAGCCCAUAGGAUCUUGUAGGUCGGUACUGUUCAAUCAACUUUCUGUGAUGGUGGAAAUAUUCUAUUAACCUGCACUGUCCACUAUAGUAGCCACUAGCCACAUUGGGCUAUCAAGCAGUUCAAGGGGUUAGUAUGAGGGAGGAACUACAUUUUAAAUUGUAUUUAAGUUAAAUAGCCCCGUGUUAGAGGCUGCCAUGUUGUAAGGCUCAGUCUGAAUGGUUUGCAUGAGGAUCUAACAUUAAGGUAUUUAAUGGAGUAACAGUGAGGCCAAGAAGGGAGUUUAUAGGCUGAAUAACAUGCAAUUGGCAAAAAGAAAAAAAAACAUGUCUUUCUGACCUUAAAAAGUAUGUGAUCUCAAGUAUGACAGUAAAAAUUUAUUGAUUGCCCUUUGGGGUUACUUGCUAAAGUACUUUGGGCCAAGGAAUGAUCAAUGAAGCUUAAAGCGUGCUUUAUUAAGCCCCUUUUCUGGAAUCAUUAGCUGCAUGUGAAUCUGUUGUCCAAAAAUAGUAGUUAGAAAGUAGCUGUAAAACGUUUGACUUGCAAGGUAUGCAUGAUCUGUUCUGUGAAUUGUGUUUGGGGGUCUUGUGGCCAAACAGUAAAUGUUACAGAAAAAAAAGCUGAAUGAAAUCCCUGUUCACUUCCAAAUAUCUUGCCCUAACAUCAUUGCUGUGAAACGUAAGAGCAAGCAUGUUUUGCGGGGUUCAGAGUGUUUUUUAUACGUCCUUGAGGUCUGCCAGCUUGUCAUUCUGUUUGGUGUGGGCAUAUGUGGGCAUCAUUUUUCAGAUGCCAGACUGAAAUGUUGGUACUAUUUUUAGAGUCAGGAUUGUUUUUAGUCUCUCUCUCUUUUUAAUUUUAGUUAUCACUAAAAUAUUUGGGGCUUUGCACAAAAGCAGCUUUUUUCAACAGUGAAAAACAUUGCCCAUGAAAUUUAAAAACUUGAAGGUUACUGAAGCUACUAGAAUUACUUUUUCAGUGAGUAAGACAAAGCAGAAAAUUCAUAUAUAUUUUCACAUAACCAUCAGACUCUUGCAGGUAAUCUGGUAUUUAUUCCAGCCUAGAUUUUGAUUUGUAGAGUUCCCAUCCCUUUAUCUGAAAACUUGUCCUGUGUCAAAAUUGGUUAGUCUGAUUUUCCUUGUUUUCCAAAUGGAAUGUAAACCAAAUGCAUUUACUUCCAUUUAGCAGAAUUGGGGUUGAUUUUUUUUUCUCUUGAGACUCAUGAAUGGGGCAAGACAGUUCUUUUCAGCUUGUCUUUAAAAAUAAUUUGAAAAGUUUUGCCAAAAUGGUAGUUUUUCUUUAGAGGUAAAAGGAAGUUAGUGGUCCAAAGAUUAUUGUUAUAAGAAGAGUAAUAUGAAAAAUACUUCAAUUUCUAUCUUCCCUUAGAAAAAUGAUGCUACCACCAACUCAGCAUUUUCUUUCCACGCAAGAAGUGUCAAUCAGUAGAUCUGUCAUCCUUGACCUAGAUAGAGAAGCUGUUCCUCGACAUUUCCAUCAUUCUCAGUAGAUUGUCACCCACAAGGUAGUUCUUACCAAAACAGAAACUCUAGAGGAGAGUGAAAUAGUCAAAUGAUUCUCUAACUAUUUUGAAAGCAAUAGUCUAUUUCAAAAGCAAUGAUGAUCAGUUGCUGGAUUUUGUUCCACAUGAAACAUUUCUAAAAAAUAAAUGGAAAUUAAAGCCAUUGAUUUUUUUUUUGAUAGAAUUGACUUACUACAUAUGUACACACACAGUCAUAUAGACACAUGAUUUAGCUAUAAUUGGAGUUAAAAAUCAAAUAAAAAUACUGUUUUUUAAUUUUUAGUUUUAUAAUGUUGAAUUUAGAUGUUAAUUUCUUAAUAGUUGCUACGGGCUGCAUAUAUUAUGCCAACCCAGCUACCUUUGGGAGUGUCUGUAUGAAUAUGAGAGUUUUCAAGUAUAUGAAGAGGUGGGUUCUACCAGAUGUACUUUAUUGGAAAGCCAUUGAUCAUUGACACACAUGUGGGUGGGGCAUUUAAUUUCUUCCAAAUAUCUUAUUUUUUGGCUCUGCUCAAGUGGUCAGGGAUAAUGUACCAUUAUUCCUGAACUUCUGCAAUGUGGCUCUCAUUUUUCUACACAAGUUUCCUUGCUCAGUGGAGCCAAUUAUUAUUUUAUUUUUAGGAUUCACUGCCUGGGGUACCCCACUAUGUAUAUCUCACUCACGAUGCAGUGGUGCUUGAAACACUCAUCCCUCAUUAGCUGGGUUUUAUUAUUCUAAUCUAAGAGUUUUGAUACUGUUCAUAUGAUAACAUUUUUAGGGACAGCCAGUAAUAUUUGGGGCACAGUGCUGAGGGCCCUCUUGAAGUCUGCAAUAGCAUGCAUCUUCUUUGUUUUUAUAAGAGUGCCCCCUGUAACUGUCUUUGUUCUUCUAGAAAAAAAUUCAGUACUACAGGAUGUAGAGCUGGUGGCCUGUGUGAAAGUCUUUUGUCAUCUCCCUGGGUAUUAGUUAUUGGGUUCUAACAAGAGUUUUCCAAAUGAUGGUCAGUUUUUAAUUUGACAUUUCUUUUUUGAGAAUCUAGAAGUAGACAGUUGGAUAGGAUGGUGGUGGAGGAAUAUGGGCUCUAAAAAGAAGGGGACAGGUACAAGAGAGGCCUCUUAAAAAGAAACAAGUUGAUAUCUUUGUUACCUCUAUGUAAAUAGCUGAUAUCCUAUACUGUGCUUCUCCCAUGAGGUUUUUCCUGUGUUUGUAUCAACAGACAGAUAGAUAAGCCCAGAGAGUAAGGAAAUACUUAGUAAAGAUAACACAUAGUAAGAGGUGAAGAUCCAUCAAGGCAGAAGCCAGCUGGAGAAAGAAGUAUGGGACAACUGAAAGAUAAUUUAGUCAAUCACAACCUCUCAUUCCAGUACGAGCUGCCAGAUUCAAGUCUGGACACUCAGCUGACAAGAGAGUCCAAGGGGCCCCCAUUUUUCCUACCAUCCUAGGCUGUGCUCUUGGCUUGGGUCUUCAGCACACUGGAAAAUUUCCGAGCCUGCUCUGGAGAUGGUGCAGACUCCAGCGUCCUCUUAAUGGUGGAAUACAAUGCGUUUUUGUGGAUCUAUCCUGACUUGAGUGUGUUAAUACUGUUGGGAAAAUAGCCUGGUGGUUGUUAUUUGUUAUAUAUGUGUAUUUUUUAUUUCUUAUAUAUUUUUUUAUUCCAUCCCUCGUUUAUGUUUGCCUCACUUGACAGUUCCAGGUGUGGAAGCUGGUUUCAGCGUGGGGUGGUUACGAACUCCCAACCUAAACCACGUAGCUGGUGCCAGGGUUCCUUCUAGGCAGACAGCUCCGUGGUGGAUUCCCUGGCCCCCUUGAUAAUGAAUACUCCAGUCAAAUGUCUAGAUUAAUGCUGCUCGGAGGCUGUUAACUCGAGUCCUUGACAUGUUUCAUUUACAAUUAUGUGGAUUAUUUAUUUUAGGAGCUUUUUUUUUCCUUUGAGGGCCAAAUAGCCCUACAAAUAAAUGAGCUGCCAGGCUGUGUAGAGAAUAUUGUCCAAAUGUUGCCAAAUAUUGACUUCGUAAAGGGGAUAUCAAGCUGCUGUUUAUAAAUCUGAAUGUCUUAAAAGCAUUCUUGCUUGCUCUCUCUGUUAUAGAUGGUGUCUUAGCCAGUCCUGAGUUUUUUCCAAUGAACCCAAUUUUAAUAUAUGGUAUUUUUGUAUGCCAAACUGGUGUCUCGUCCUUUGUAUAUGUGGUAAUGUUGAUUUUAUGACUACUGUUAAAACACAUUUGCUAUGAUUAAAAUUCAUAAAAUGAUUUCAAA